UCUAUAUCUCUCUCUUUUUUUUCUCUCUCUCUAUAUAUAUUUAUAUGGGAAGAUAUCAAGAAGAAGAAGAAGAAAGUGCAGUAAUGGAAAUUGAUCUGUCACUAAAACUGGAUGCACAAGAUCAACAAUCACCAAACAACAAUCUUGAUCAAAGCACAAUUUCAUCCAACCUCGAUCCGCAACAACAAUCUGUAAAUCGUGUUUCUGAUACUGAUACUGAUGAUGAUAAGGGCCUCAGCAUCACCGAUGAGCUAUCUGUUCUGCAGAAGAGGAUGGAUCACAUGAAGGAAGAGAACAAGAUUUUACGAACCGCAGUCGAGAAAACGAUGAAAGAGUACACUCAUCUUCAGACACAAUUUGCCAUUAUUCAAGAAAGUAAUCACAUAAAGGAUAAUCCCAAUAUGAUUUUGUUGCUGGAUGAUCAAAAACAAGAUUCGACGAAUAACGAGGAAAACGACGAUGAUAAACGAGAAGACGAUGAAUUAGGGUUAUCUUUGAGGGUUUCGAGCAGUUGUAUUAGUAGAGUCGAAGAGGAAACGAACGAGAAAAGGGAGGAAUUGGAUCGGAUGAGAGGGUUUAGAGCAAUAUUACAACAAGGCCAUGAUAAUAAUAAUCAGCCACAGAUAAUUAGCAAUAAUAAUAAUAAUUUAAUCAAUUCUCCGGCGCAUAAUCAAAGAGCUAGGCUUUCUGUUAGGGCAAGGUGUGAAGCUGCCACUGUACAAAGAUGUUUAGAAGACAUGUCGAUACUGAUCACAACGUACGAAGGAACACACAACCAUCCAUUACCAGUAGGCGCAACCGCAAUGGCAUCAACAACAACAUCGAGCUCUCUAUCCUCUUGUACGAUGUUCGACUCAACCAAUUACAUCAAUCCCAAUUUCUCGAACACCGACGGAAAUUAUUUACUCCCACCAUCAACCUUAAACCAAACAAAUAAUUUCUUCCCUUAUCACAACAUUAUUAAUAAUAAUAACAAUAAUACCCCUCUUUUCUCACCAAACCUAAGAUCAUCCCUAAACCCUAAUAAUAAUUACCAUGAUCCCACAAAAAAUGGCGGUAGCUCCUCGAACCCCAUGGCCCACGUGGCGUAUUCCAAUUGGCUGCCUAAGCAACCGAAUUUCGGUGGAAAUUCGAUUAUCGGGCAACUUUUUCCUAACCCUAAUAGACUAGUGGAAGAUUUAGGGCAUCAAGAAAAUGGUGGUAAUAACUCAUCAUUGUUGGCUGAAAAUGUAAGUGCAAUUGCUUCUGAUCCGAAAUUUAGGGUUGCGGUUGCUGCAGCUAUUUCUUCACUCAUUAAUAAAGACAGCCAAACAAGCCCUUAUUCACAUCAAGAUGGGGAGAGUACUAGUGGAAGUGGCACAAUUAGGGUUCUUGAAUCGAGUAGUUACCCGAUUCGCCAUUCGCCUACCGAAUAA